AUGUCACGGCCACCGCCCCGCGACCCGCCUUCCCCCACCGCCCACAAAAGCCGCGGGCAGCUGCCAGCCCCAGACCGCUUCGGCACCGGCACCGACGCCGAUCCGGAUCCCGAUACCGAUACCGACCCGGCCCGGCUGCAGGAUGCCGAACUGGGGAGGAGGGAAGAAGUGUGGUGUGUGCCAGAAGGCCGUGUACUUUGCUGAGGAGGUGCAGUGUGAAGGCAACAGCUUCCACAAGUCCUGUUUCUUGUGCAUGGUCUGUAAGAAGAACUUGGACAGCACGACGGUUGCUGUGCACGGAGAGGAGAUUUACUGCAAGUCCUGCUACGGGAAGAAGUACGGGCCCAAGGGCUACGGCUACGGGCAGGGCGCAGGGACCCUGAGCACGGACAGGGGCGAGGCCCUGGGAAUCAAAUACGAAGAGGGUCAGCCCCACCGACCCACCAACCCCAAUGCAGCCAGGAUGGCCCAGAAGGUUGGAGGUGCUGAUGGGUGCCCUCGUUGUGGUCAAGCAGUGUAUGCAGCUGAGAAGGUGAUUGGAGCUGGAAAGUCCUGGCACAAAUCCUGCUUCCGUUGUGCCAAGUGUGGCAAAAGCCUGGAGUCCACCACCCUGGCAGACAAAGAUGGGGAGAUCUACUGCAAAGGUUGCUACGCCAAGAACUUUGGUCCCAAGGGCUUUGGCUUUGGGCAGGGUGCUGGGGCACUCGUCCACUCACAGUGAGGCACCAGAGCUGAGUUCCCUGCUCUCCCAAGGCUUGUCCAGACCAGCGUGUGCUGCCCAAGCCUUCUCUCACUGCAGUGAGCAUCCUCACCACCAUCAAUAACCACUUGCUGCUUCACAGCACCAGUCCCUUCCUUCCCACUCUGGCCCAGUGCACCCCAAAGCUGUGGGGGUCCCAACAUCAUCCCCACCAGGUCCUGCUGGUGGGGGUGCUGGUGGGGGGACAGCUCACACCCCCCAUCUGCGAGGGCCCCAAAUGUUCUGCUCCACGUUGCCCAUCCCACCUGGAUGGCUCAGCUGUGCCGUGUCACCGAGCGAGCAAUAAACAUCAAAGCUGAUCCCUG